UAUACCCAGAAAUCAAGAUAAGCAAAUCGAAGGUACAAAGAAUGGCUGCCGUGACGAAAACCGAGGUUUCUAGUUUGGUGGGGAAGCUUGAGACAGACGUGGAGAUCAAAGCUUCGGCUGGAAAGUUCCAUCACAUGUUCGCCGAGAAACCACACCAUGUCUCCACAGCAUCUCCGGGGCACAUUCAAAACUGUGAACUGCAUGAAGGCGAAUGGGGCAAAGUCGGCACUGUCGUCAUCUGGAACUACGUUCAUGAUGGGGUGGCAAAGGUGGCGAAGGAGAGGAUCGAGGCGUUGGAGCCGGAGAAGAACUUGAUCACGUUCAGGGUCAUAGAAGGUGAUUUGAUGAAAGAGUACAAAAGCUUUGUGAUAACCAUCCAGGGGACUCCUAAACAUGGAGGGCCUGGAAGUAUAGUACACUGGCACCUUGAGUAUGAGAAAAUUAGCGAGGAGGUUGCUCACCCUGAGACUCUUCUCCAAUUCUGUGUCGAUAUGUCCAAAGGGAUCGAUGAAUAUCUCUCGACCGAAUAAUGGGGAUUGCUCCUUGUGUGGCUUCGUAAGUGUGUACGUCUUAAG